CCUGGAAAUAAUUCCUCAUAUUGUUCUCUAGCGAUACAAUUUGUACUCCAUCUAAAAUCAUAAGUUAAAAUAGAAACUUACGAAGAUAAGCAACUCUAAGAUUGCUGCUCUCAACUUGAGUAGCAACUCGGAGAAUCGGAGCAAUCUCAACUAGUGAAGAAGGCACCACCUCACUGUCCAACAUGAACUCCUCGAGAUUACCAGCUGUCUGAGUCCGCAUAACCACCUCUGCAGCGGGGGAUUAUCAGAACCCCUUCUAGGGGUGAGCAGAAACCGAACCAAACCGAGAAACCGGACCGGACCGAACCGAAAUUGACUUUGGUUCUCGGUUGUUUGGUGAUUCUGGACUGAUUUGGUUUGAAAAUGAGGGAAGUAUGGAGUUUGGUUUAUAAUUUGGUUUGAGGGUUUGUAUAACCGAACCUACGAAAAACCGUUUAAACUGAGAAGGCAAAACUAUGUCGUUUUAAUACCUCUCUAAUCUACCCUAAAACGACACCGCCUACCCCUGCAUAUUUAAACCACCUUAUAAUUUUCCCUAACCCUAAAAUCAUUUACCCUCUCUUUCAGACUCACCCGCAGCCUCUCUCUCGAAUUUUCCUCUGAAAACCCUAACCCUAAAUCAUAUCUUCUCUCUGAUUCUCUCAGUUUCUCACUGAUUCUCUCAAUUUCUCACCCUAAUACAGUCUUCGUUUAGUCAUAAUUUGUUUAUUCAUCAACUGUAUUGUGCUUUUAAUCGAAGAAAAUGAAGAGUUUCAACUUUCGAUUCGAUCCCAAAACGAGAUUAAACUAAUCUCUGAAAGUCUCAGUCCCAGUAUCUCACUGAGUUUGUUAAAGAUUAUAACUGGGAAUUUCUGGAAACUCUUUCGGAUUUGGCUUUGAUUUUACAAGAACAGAUUCACUCACUAAGUGAAUGAGUGAAUCUUUUGUGGUGGAAGCCCUUUACUGUUGGAUUCGUGGCCCCAAAUCUGAGACUGAGUGACUUGAAUCACUUGAUCUAACACCUAAUUUGCUUACAUGCUGCUUGGAUUGCAUCUGCUGCUGGGUAUGUGCAUUCCUUCUUAUGUAUUUGAUUAGUAGUUAAUAAUUGUUUGGUGGAUUGGUUUGUAUUCUGCGAAUUUGAUAAUUAUGAUUGUCUGGCUGUUUGUUGGUUUGUAUGAUCUUAGCAUGUUUAAAAUGUUUAAAACAUACAAAAUGAAAGUGGUUUGGAAGCUAUUAACUAGUAUUAAGUGAUGCCUCUGUAUUAAUUAAAUGUCAUAGUUUAGAACUUAAAAUGAAAAAGUGGUUUGGAUGCUGAUUAUCUAAGUGGUUGCUUGAUGUCUCUGUAUUUAUUAAAUGUGGUUCUCUGCUCACACAGAUGUCAAACCUUGACCAACAGCAAGUUGCUGUUGUUGAUGUUGAGGGGGUUGUUGGCUCAUCUCCUGAGUUACCCCCUUCAACUCAGCAGGAGCAACCUGUUGCUGCUGCUGAGGGCUCAUCUGAGCCUUCUCAGCAGCAACAAGAAGAUGCUAAUCCCGCUGCUACUGGAGGUAAUCCAGUUGAUAAAAAACGCAAGCAAAUUUUUGUUAGAUCUAAAGUUUGGGAACAUUAUGCGCAUAUUUGAUGAAUAUGGCAAAUUACUUAUGGCUAAAUGCUUGUAUUGUGCAAAAAUUUAUAAUUCUGUUACUAAAGUGAAUGGGACUUCCACACUUAGAGCCCACAUGCAAGCACGUCUUAAGAACCCUCAUAGUAAAGAGACCAGACAGUCCUUGUUAACUCUGCAACCUGUUUCUGCUAAUCAUGAUGAAAAUGAGGGGAAGGGAAAUUUGGGGGUUUGGAAAUUUAAUCAAGAUGACAUUAGGAAAGCAUUGUCUUAUAGGCUUAUUGUAGAUGAGUUGCCUUUUAAGCAUGUAGAGGGUAUGGGGUUUAAGAGAUUUAUGAGUGUUGCAUGCCCAAGGUUUCGCAUUCCUUCUAGAUGGACUGUUAAUAAGGACUGCUACCAAAUGUUUCUUGAUGAAAGGUUGAAGUUGAAAAAUAUUUUAAAAAUGGGAGUCAAAGAGUCAGUAUCACAACAGACACAUGGACUAGUAUUCAACGUGUUAAUUAUAUGUGUGUUACCUGCCAUUGGAUAAAUAAUGAUUGGAUUCUUCAUAAAAGAAUCAUUAAUCUUGUACCUGUUUGUGGGCAUAAAGGGGACUACAUAAGUAAAACACUUGAAAAUUACUUGCUUGGUUGGGGUCUUAAAAAUGUUUUAACUGUGACUAUGGAUAAUGCUGGUAAUAAUAACAUUGCUAUUGCUACAUUUAAGAAAAAAAUGAUUUCUUGGGGCACUGAUAUUUGUAAAUGUGAAUAUUUGCAUAUGAGGUGUAUAGCACAUGUGAUCAAUUUGGUUGUGUCUGAUGGUCUGAAAGAAAUGCAUAACUCUGUAAAGAAAGUUAGAGAUUGUAUACGUUACAUUAGGAACAGUCCAUCUAGACAUAAGAAAUUUAAAGACCUUGCUGUUGAUGCUAAACUUGGCACAAAAAAGUCCUCGUGUCUUGAUGUUGCAACUAGGUGGAACUCCACUUAUCUUAUGUUUGACACUGCUUGCUUGUUUCAAUCUGUUUUGAGAGUUAUGAAGAAUCUGAUGAGAGUUUUAGGUCUGAUAUGGCUGAAUGCAUUCCUACUUUUGUUAAUUGGGAAAAUGUGAAAAAAUUUACUACUUGCUUGUCCUAUUUCUAUGUCACAACUUUGAGAAUAUUUGGCUCUUUGUAUGUCACAUCUAACAUGCAUUUUCAAGAGAUUGUUGACCUUUCUAUCAUGUUGGAUGAAAUGCUUGUUAGUGAUGACCAACAGAUUAUUCUAAUGGGAAGAAAAAUGAGGGAAAAAUUUAACAAAUAUUGGGGUGAUCCCCUGAAGAUGAAUAAUCUGAUUUUUUUUGCACAUGUUUUUGAUCCUAGCAGUAAAAUGAAACAUUUGUUGUUUGCUUUGAAAGCUCUAUUUGGUCCUGAGGAAGGUCUUAAAUUAUUUGACACUGUGAAUGAUAAGCUAACAAUCCUGUUUGUUGAGUAUGAAAAGGCUUAUGUGCAUGGUGGUUCAUCUGCUUAUGUUAGUCUUAGUCAGUCUUCAGAGGCUGUUUCUGUUCAAACACCAAUCCUGCCACCACCUGCAAAAAGACAUAUGUCCCUUAUGAAGGCCAAAUUUGAUGAGCAGAACAAGGGUAGUGAUUCUGGUAGUAGGAAAUCUGAGCUGGAAUUGUACCCGAGUGAGGCUACGGUUGAGAAUGAUGAUAAUUUCAAUAUUUUGAAGUGGUGGAAGCUAAACUCAGGGAGAUUUCCAAUCCUUUCGAGGAUGGCUCGAGAUAUUCUUGUUGUCCCUAUCUCUACUGUUGCAUCUGAAUCAGCAUUUAGUACUUCUGGCAGAGUACUAGACUGCUUUAGGAGUUCUUUAACUCCAAGAUUGGUGGAAGCAUUGGUGUGCACUCAGGAUUGGCUUAGACCAGAAGCCUGCCCUUUGGUGAUUGAAGAGUGCCUCGAUGAAUUGGAACCCUUUGAGCAAGGUUAUGUUCUUAAACUAACUUGUAUUUAUUAUCUGAUUUGUAAUUCUUUUUAUAUUUAGAACUAUUUAAUAGUUUAUGUUCUUGUGUUGUUGGUUCUUAAUGCAGGGUUGCCCAACUAAGAAGUUGGACUCUUGCUAAUUUUUGAUUUUGUGGCAACUUGGUGUGGAAGCCAAUUUUGCUAUUGUUGCCUAAUGCUGCCUAUUGCCUAAAGCCUGAUGCUGCUUGUUGUUUGGGUUGUCCCUGUCCCUAUACAGAAAAGUGGUGGAAGCACUUAACAAGGAAAUGUUCUUGUUCUGAAUUCUGUGAUUCUUCAUUCCUGAGAUUCCUGUUCUGCUUCGGUGCUGGAAAUGGCUAUUUUUGAAUGCUAUAGGCCGGCAGCGUGCAUACUGCAUAGUUCAGUUAUAUUUUUUGAUAACUUAGACAUAUAAUUUAAUUUUUGGAUGAAUGUAAUCUAUAUAGUUCAUUAAUUUUUGCUACUUAAGUUAUUUUUGGAUGAAUGUAAUAUUUAACUGUUGAUUAUUAUUUUUGCUAUUUUAAUAGUUAAUUGGAUGAA